CAUUCAGGACCCUGCACUGACAGAAAAGUUCGUGAUGGGUUCGAAGUCGCGACGUCGGUCCCGAUCCAAGUCCGGGAGUCGCAGCCGGGACCGGCGGAACAAGUCUAGAGGGAACAGGUCUCGAUCUCCAGAGGAGAGGAGAGGCCGCAGUCGGUCUGCGGACACGAAAAAGACCGCCCGUGGUCGGGGAAGAUCUGGCAGCAGGGCCUCGAGCGAUGGCUCUCCUCCACGACGUCGGCCUCAACCGAGGGCUCCAUCUGGGUCCAGUAGCGGGUCGGAGAGCGAAAGGAGGCCAGGACCACAUCUUCAGAGGAGCCAGUCGAGGGGUCGGUCCUCAAGCUCUGAUUUAGAUGAUCCCAAAAUGAGAGGGAGGAGACCGGAAAUGGAGAAUCGGAGAGGAACAUCUCGGGAGAGGAGAAGGGGAAGGUCCCAGUCCAGCUCUGGCUCGCGUGAUGGAGGCAGUGACAGAGAAAGGAGGAGAAGAAGAAGAAGAAGUCCUGACAGAGGCAGUCCAGUCAGAGACAGACAGAGGAAGGACCGGGACACAGAGAGAGAGCGAUGGAAGGGCAACAGCCGAGAUCAUGAACGAAAAGGAGACAGAGACAAAAGCCGAGAGCAAAGGAAGAGGAGUGAAGAGAGAGAGCGAGGGAGGAGUGACAGAGGCAGAGAGAUGACUGACAGAGGCAGAGAGAUGACUGACAGGUACAGAGGAAGGCAACGCUCCAGUUCACCCGAGUCGUCUGACAGUUCAGGGUCUGAUAAUGGGGGCCGCGCAGUCAAAGAGAAGGAGGAGAGGAAAAAACAGAAGGAGAUGAUGAAAGCUCUGGAGACGCCAGAAGAGAAGAGGGCCAGAAGAUUAGCAAAGAAAGAGGCAAAGGAGAAGAAAAGGAGAGAGAAGAUGGGUUGGAGUGAGGAGUACAUGGGAUACACUAAUGCAGACAAUCCCUUCGGUGACAACAACUUACUGGGCACAUUUAAAUGGCAGAAGGCGUUGGACAAGAAAGGCAUUGGCCAUCUCGGAGAAAAAGAGCUCAAAGAACGGAACAAAUGCAUUCAGGAGGAGAACCGCAGAGAGCUGCAGAAGGUGAAACAGCUGCGUCUGGAGCGGGAGCGAGAGAAAGCCAUGAGAGAGACGGAGCUAGAAAUGCUGCAGAGAGAAAAAGAAGCAGAACAUUUCAAGACUUGGGCUGAACAGGAAGACAACUUCCAUCUGCACCAGGCUAAACUAAGGUCGAAGAUCAGAAUUCGCGAUGGCCGUGCAAAGCCUAUUGACCUUUUGGCGAAAUACAUUAGUGCAGAAGACGAUGAUCUUGCUGUAGAGAUGCAUGAACCUUACACAUUCCUCAAUGGGCUAACAGUCACUGACAUGGAUGACCUGCUGGAGGACAUUAAGGUGUACAUGGAAUUAGAGCAGGGCAAAAACGUGGACUUCUGGAGAGACAUGACGACCAUCACAGAGGACGAGAUCAGCAAACUGAGAAAACUGGAGGCCUCUGGGAAAGGACCAGGUGAUCGUCGUGAGGGCAUCAACACAGCUGUGAGCACUGACGUUCAGACCGUGUUCAAAGGGAAGACAUACAGCCAGCUGCAGGCGCUGCAUCUUAACAUUGAGUCGAAGAUUCGGGCUGGAGGAUCCAAUCUUGAUAUCGGUUACUGGGAGAGUCUGCUGCAGCAAGUCAGAGUGUACAUGGCCAGAGCCAGGUUGCGAGAGCGGCACCAGGAUGUGCUGCGUCAGAAACUGUUCAAGCUGAAACAGGAACAGGGAGUAGAAAGUGAACCUUUGUUCCCCAUCAUCAAAGAGGAGCCGAGGUCCGAGGAAGAUGAGGAGAGAACAGGAGGGCCAUCAAGGGAGCAAACAGCAGAAGAACCCAGCGCUUCUUCAUCCUCCUCCGCUAGAAAUAGGAGCAGAGAAACAGAUGAGGACGACGAGGAGAGGCCGAGUACAUCUGUGGCGGGAAGCCAAGAUGAAGAUGGACGAGAAAAGGGUGACGGAAAAGAUGACGAGGAGAAAGGCGAGGUGGUGGAGGCCGUGCUUACGGAGGAGGACCUCAUCCAGCAGAGCCAGGCGGAGUACGACUCGGGUCGCUACAGUCCAGCGCUGCUCAUGUCCUCUGAGCUGCCGCUGGACACGCACACCAUCACUCCGGAAGAAGAUACACACAGGCUGCAGUUAGCGCGCAGACAGCUGCAAGUCACCGGUGACGCUAAGGAAAGCGCGGAGGACGCCUUCGUUCGACGAGCCAAAGAAGGGAUGGGCAACGACGAGGCCCAGUUCAGCGUGGAGUUUCCAGUCACGGGGAAAAUGUACCUAUGGGCAGACAAAUACCGCCCCAGGAAACCCCGCUUCUUCAACAGGGUCCACACCGGCUUCGAGUGGAACAAGUACAACCAGACGCAUUACGACUUCGACAACCCUCCGCCCAAGAUCGUCCAGGGUUACAAGUUCAACAUCUUUUACCCGGAUCUGAUCGACAAGCGUUCCACCCCUCAGUACUUCCUCGAGCCCAGUCCCGACAACAAGGACUUUGGGAUUUUAAGGUUCCACGCGGGCCCACCAUACGAAGACAUCGCUUUUAAGAUCGUAAACAGGGAGUGGGAGUACUCGCACCGACACGGCUUCCGUUGCCAGUUCGCCAAUGGGAUCUUCCAGUUGUGGUUCCACUUUAAGAGGUACCGCUACAGAAGAUAAAGGACUUAUGAAUGUGGACCAGUGAGGGGGGUUUAUACGGGGAAGGUGUAUUGUUUAGGCUGCACAGUCAGUGUGCUUUGUUGUAUUGAUUUAACUGCUCUCACAGAAAAGCAGUGUUAAAGAUACAAAUACCUCUGUGCUAUUGUCUGGAAAACUCAACUGUAAUGUAGUCUGAAAAUUACAUAUUAAAGUUUUUCACUUUUUUUUCUUUA